AUUCAUCAUAUAUAGCUAGCUAUAUAGCCUUCAUAUAUUGUCCUUUAUAACUCUCAUCCUCUAAUGUACUUUUGCACUAUAUGGCUGUAAAUAUCAAUCAUCUUCUUACCUACCCUUUGACUCAACCAUAGCUAUUUCAUUUCAAGACUACAGAAAGUUCAUUUUUUGACAGUUUUUGGAUUCUGGGGUGUUGAGUUUUCUUUGUCAAUUCAAAAGUUGAAAGCAAAACUGUACUUGGGAAUCCUAGCACACUUUUGUGUUUGUGUUUUUGGUGUGGAAGAGUUUUUGUGAAAGGACUGAGUCCUAUUUGAGUAUUCAGUUAAGGAGAUUUGGUUUUUGGUGUGUGUUGAUGGGAAUGGAAGCAAGUUUGGUUGAUCCGGGUAGAGACAGAGUUGGACAUGUUAACAAGGUUGGUUAUGUGAGAAGGAUCAUUGCCAAGAGGAGGAAACCUUGUCGCAGCAGGGUUAAGAGGCCAGUGCUGGCAGUACCAAAGGCUCUUAAGGAUCUGUUUGAUUCAUGCAGAGAAACAUUCAAAGGCCCUGACACUGUUCCUUCACCACAAGAUGUUCAGAAAAUGUGCCACAUCCUUGAUGACAUUAGGCCAGGCGAUUUUGGGCUAAGUAGAGAUCUGCAGUUCUUCAAGCCUGGAAAUAUCAUCAAAGAGAACCAAAGGGUCACCUAUACAACCGUGUACAAGUGUGCCAAUUUCUCACUUUGCAUAUUUUUCAUACCUGAAAAAGGAGUCAUUCCACUCCAUAACCAUCCGGGUAUGACCGUUUUCAGCAAACUUCUAUUAGGACAAAUGCACAUUAAAUCUUAUGACUGGGUUGUUCCUGAGGCCUCUGACAACUUGUUAGAGCAAACAACUAAAUUGAGAUUAGCAAAGUUAAAAGCUGAUAAUGUCUUCACAGCACCCUGUGAUACUUCAGUGUUGUAUCCAACAACAGGAGGGAAUAUCCAUGAAUUCACAGCCAUAACUCCAUGUGCUGUGCUUGAUGUCAUUGGUCCUCCUUAUUCCAAAGAAGAUGGAAGGGACUGUUCUUAUUACAGAGAUCACCCUUAUGCUGCUUUUCCCAAUGAAGAGAUUUCUGAGGUGAAAGACAAAAAUGAUAGCUACGCGUGGUUGGAAGAAAUUGAGAUGCCAGAGAAUUCUCAAAUGGAUGGGAUUGAGUAUCUGGGUCCUCCCAUCACUGAGACAGCAUUUUAGUUAUAACACGUAGCAUGUUUCGAUCAGCUUCUCUUUUUUCUGAAUCGGUUCCUGCGGGCAGAAGUUUACAAAAGUUUCUCUUCAUAAUUGAUUUUGAAUUUGAAAUCAAUUAUAGAAAGAUUACUAUGUAUGUACUUAGCAUGUCACCUUGUGUUUCCACUACAGGCAUACACACAUAGGACCCCUUCCUUUUCCUUUUCUGUCCAUACUUGAGAAUCAAUGCAAGUGUGUUGGUAUUUUGUUCUUCAGUGCUUAAAUUUUACUUUGAAAAGUAUUAACUACAGUUCAUUCA